AUGACACCUGGGCACAACCCACCGCUGCCCGAUCUCGGAUCUUAUCUGUCAAUCUUAUCAGAUCAUCGAGAUAACGGUGACACACUCCGCUUUGGUUCCACGACAUCCGACACGGCCAUCGCUAUUCCCGCCUCGUUAAGAUCUACCCUCGCCGCUUUGGCGACUUCCGAACCCUUUAUGGACGACAAUACAGCAGAUGGUACCGUCGGCGGUCGUUCAACUGAACAAUGGCUCGCCGGACUCAUCAGCCAGUCUGCGCGACUUGCAAAACUGGGCGAUUUGCUCGAUGACAUCGACGACUUCGCCGCCACGGGCCGCGGCGAUGAGAUCCCGCCUGAUCAGAUGGAGUAUGUGCGAAAUUUAAUCAAGGUCCUGUUGGAUGGGAGAAGCAUAGUUGCGGCAUACAACUAUGUGAUGCUCGUGAUGCUAGCUAUCUUCACAGCAUUCCAUCUCCUGGAGAAGAGGAGGUGCCGGAAAAGGUGGCAUAAGAGGACGCGCGCGUCCUCCACCGUGGCCGACAGGGAAAUCAAACGUGAUGAUGAUGCAUCGGAGGCAAUAUCUUCUUCGUCAUCGAGCAGCUCUCAUGGCAUCACGACUCCUUCGGGCGCGGUGAAAGAUGUCGUCCAAGCGGAUCUCGAAGGACUACCGCUGCUCGGACCGUGUGAUAAGCAAGCCACGACCAGCCUCUGGGCGCGCACAAAGAGGAGGGUGCCUUACUGGCUUGAAUAUCAACCAAGGCCACUCCCGCUUGUCAACAGGACUCUGCCAUCAAAUGCAACGUCGCUCUUCGUCGGAGUCUGGAUCGGCAUCAACGUCUUUUUUCACAUAUACCAAGUCCAUUUACUCGACUGGAAAUAUUUUUUCUGCUUCGCUGAUCGAGCCGGCUUCGUGUUCAUCGUCAAUCUCCCUCUACUCUACCUCCUUGCUGCUAAGAACCAGCCGAUCAAAGUUCUCACAGGACGCUCAUACGAGGCUCUGAACGUCUUUCAUCGGCGAGUUGGCGAGUGGAUGUGCUUCGAGGCACUCGUCCAUUUCGUUGGUAUGAUUAUUUGGCGCUUUGGCCUUCCACAACCAACCUGGAUGACGGGUACAGAUGGUGCGUGGGCGUACUUCACUCACCCGCUCAUCGUACUAGGCAUCGGCGCCUUUGUCGCAUACGAGCUGCUGUAUUUCACAUCCUUGGGAAGCUUUCGUCAACGUUGGUAUGAGAUAUUCCUUGCGUCACAUGUGUUCUUACAGGUCGUCGCACUGGGCUUCCUGUAUCUACACUUCCAUACUGCGAGGCCGUACGUCCUUGCCUCACUAGCCAUCUUUCUCAUCGACCGCAUCGUUUGGCGCUUUGCACUCAAGUCUACCACGAUGACUGCGGACCUUACCGUUCUACCAGAUGGUGAGACUAUCGUUGUGUCGGCGAAUUGGGAAAAGCCGACCUCGAAAACAUCCUGGUUCUCAUGGCCACGUCAGAGCGUCAAGUACGGGUGGAAGCCUACCGAUCACGUCUUCCUCACAGUGCCAGCAUUGGGCCGAAAGCACGCGCUCCAAGCACACCCAUUCACCAUCGCGUCUGCGGCGCCGCUGUCGGAAGGCCACUCUGGCGAUGGCCGUGAGCGAUCGACGCACUGCUGGAUGAAUCUGCUGAUCCGGUCUCAGAAGGGCUUUACCACUGACCUUCUGUGCUACGCCCACCGCCAUCAUCGCGCCGCCGUCCGCCUUGAUGGGCCGUACGGCUCAUCUCACGCCUUAGAAAUGCUCCGUGCAGCUGACAGCGCAGUCCUGAUUGCAGGCGGGAGCGGUAUCGCCGUCACAUUCCCUCUGGUAUGGGCUCUCUUGAUGGGUGAGGGGGCGGAUGAGGAUGAUCGCGAUGGGCUCAUCGCAAUGAGAAGGCAGAAGAGGAAGCAAAAGGUGCACAUGAUGUGGAUCGUACACUCGGAUGAGCACCGCUAUUGGAUGCCAGAUACCAUGCUGGAGGAACUUGUGGCAGCCGGCCUGGAUCUUGUAGUUCCGCCUUCAACAGCUGUUGCCGGACGUCCAGAUGUAGUUGGCACUGUCGAGGGCUGGAUAGAAGAGAGUGACGGCCGUGUUUUCCAAAGAAGAGAGACCGCCGUGAUUGUCUCUGGGCCAGAUGGCCUGAACAGGAUGGUGAGGAAUACGUGUGCUGGGGCUAUUGGGAGGGGAGCAAAUGUCCAGCUCGCGGUCGAGAAAUUUGGAUGGUAG